AUGAGCUCUGAUAACCUGGAAACAAAGGAUCAGCUCCUAGCUAGGCAUAAGAAGGAAAAUAGAGACCUCAUAGCUACUGUCACUGGGCUCAAGAAACAAGCCACGAAAUCGAAGAAGAAAGAGGUAAUGAAGAAAUGCCAACAACUGGAGGAUGAUUUGAAAGCGAGACACGCGAGGGAGAUUAGUGUGUUUGAGAAUGGUGAGGAAGAACAAGAAGAGGUUACGCCAGAACAAUUAUUAGCAGAAUUAGAGCUUGAUUCGAAACCCGAGUCGAACAAUGAGACUUCAGCAAUCACAAAUUCCAACUCUUCUGGGCCACAGAAAAAGCGCAACAGGCAGAAGGAACGACUCGCCAAACGGGACGCUGCCAUGGCAGAGAUCAGAAACAAGGCCAUUGAGGAGGCAGAAGGUGAGACUGAUUACCGUGCAAUUGAGCUUGACAAUAUAGAACUUUUGUGCAAGAAGAACAAACUCUCGCAGUUUGACAUCCAGCCAGACGGACACUGUCUAUUCGCAUCUAUCGCUGAUCAACUCAAAACCCGUCAGGGAAUCGACACUUCGGUGAAAGAACUUCGUUCGAAAGCGGCUCAGCACAUUAGAAAUGACCCAGACACGUACGCGCCAUUUUUGUUUGAUGAGGCCACUAUGACGAUCAAAGACGUGAAGUCCUAUACCGAUGAGAUCGAGAACACGGCGUUGUGGGGUGGUGAUAUGGAGAUCAUGGCGCUAGCCAAGGAGUACAAUUGUCCUAUCAGUGUGAUGAUGAGUGGAAGGGCCACACAUAGGGUGAAUGAGGAAGGACCAAAUGCAGAAUUGAAAUUGGUUUACUACAAGCAUUCGUUUGGACUUGGAGAGCAUUAUAACUCUUUGAGGGAUGAGGCGUAA